AUGUUUAUACUAAUUACAUCAUUUGCAGUAGGUAUUUUUUGUCAGAACACUAAUUACACAAAUACAAAUUGGAAUAAAGUUUAAGGAUUGCCGAGUAUGAAUGCAACUCUAGAGAACUAUGAAUAAAUCUUAUGGUUGGUUUAUAUAUCAAUAGGUGUUCCAGCAUAAAAUUUUACAGUAUAGGUUGAUACAGGUUCAAAUAUUUUAUGGGUUCCCUACAGUGUUUGUUCAAAUUGUGAUAUAAAUACUAGAUAUAAUCCUAGUGGUUAGAGUUAUUUCAAACCAAAUGGUAGCAAUUAUUAUUAAGCAUAUGGAAGUGGAGAAUGCAGUGGUUAUGUUGCAUCAGAUAUUGUGAAUAUACAAAAUACAGUAAUAAACACAACAUUUACUAUGAUGUUUGCAACAAUGGAGUAAGGGUUUUCAUUCCCAACUAUAAUGGAUGGGAUAAUGGGUAUUUCUAACAAUCAAUCAUUUACAAAUAUCUUUUAAGCGUCUUUUAAAGCUGGUUAGAUAAAAACUGAAUUGUAUGGCUUAGUAUUCAAUUAACCUCCUUUGAAUUCUUAUUUGAUUUUUGGAUAAAUAAAUCCAUCCUUAAUGAAUUAAGUAUAAUGGGUAACUCCUAAUGACAUUUAUAGAUGGAAAUUAUUUAUUAAUAAGUUUACGAUAAAUGGAUAAGAUUAUUCAUCAUAAAUGGGAUCAGUUACAUCUGCUAUUUUGGAUUCUGGAACA